CCCACGCAGUACAUCCUGGGGCUCUUCAUGAUCUACAUGUCCACCCAGGUGGACGUGCUGCUGGGCGACGGGGAGGGCCGGGGCCCCGACGUGGUGGCCCUCACUGUGACUUUCUUCCUCUUUGAGUUCCUGGCAGCAACGCAGGACAUUGCGGUGGAUGGCUGGGCCCUCACCAUGUUGUCCAGGGAGAACGUGGGCUAUGCCUCCACCUGCAACUCCGUGGGCCAGACGGCCGGCUACUUCCUGGGCAACGUCCUCUUCCUGGCCCUCGAGUCGGUCUGCAACAGGUACCUGCGGUUCCAACCCCAGCCCCAAGGGAUUGUUACCCUCUCAGAUUUCCUCUUUUUCUGGGGAGCUGUCUUUUUAAUCACCACUACACUGGUUGCCCUUUUGAAGAAGGAAAACAAGGAACUAACACCAACAAAGGAAGAAACAAAAGGCAUCACUGAUACAUACAGGCUGCUAUUCUCAAUAAUCAAGAUGCCAGCGGUUCUUACUUUCUGUCUCUUGAUUCUCACAGCAAAAGUUGGAUUUUCAGCAGCAGAUGCUGUAACAGGACUCAAAUUGGUGGAAGAAGGAGUCCCAAAAGAGCACUUGGCUCUGCUGGCAGUUCCAAUGGUUCCUUUACAGAUAAUACUGCCUCUGAUUAUCAGCAAGUACACAGCAGGCCCCCAGCCGCUGAACACGUUUUACAAAGCUAUGCCUUUCAGAUUACUGCUUGGUCUGGAAUUUGCUUUUUUGGUAUGGUGGACUCCUAAAGUAAAACAUGAAGGAGGAUUUCCUGUCUACUACUAUGUUGUAGUAUUGUUGAGUUAUGCUUUACAUCAGAUCACGCUGUAUAGCAUGUAUGUUGCAAUAAUGGCUUUCAACGCCAAAGUCAGCGACCCACUGAUUGGAGGGACUUACAUGACGCUCCUAAACACCGUGUCAAAUCUGGGAGGGAACUGGCCUUCCACUGUCGCGCUCUGGCUUGUGGACCCACUCACAGUGAAAGAGUGCGCAGGGGCCCAGCAACAGACCUGUGCAACUACAGUUGCUGCAGAACUCUGCACAAAAGCUGGCGGUUCCUGUGUUACCACCUUGGAUGGUUACUACGUGGAAUCAGUCAUCUGUGUCAUUCUGGGAUUUGGCUGGUGGUUCCUACUUGGGCCAAAACUUAAAAAGCUGCAGGAUGAAGGACAGUCUUCAUGGAAGUGCAAGAGGACCAAUUGAUGCAGUUUAAAUAUCGGAUGGACUAGCAAGGUCAUUUUACUUUUAUUACGAAGACAUAUCCCAUAAUCAAUACACAGGAAUAUAGGUAUUUUUAAAUGCCCCAUCACUGGAAAAAUGGGUGGCUGAAAUGGUGGUAUGUUUGUAUGUGAUACCACUUGCCCUCCCAAUACGAAAAUGUAAGUUCAGAAAGUAAU